AUGAACUACAACAAAAAAACGACGUCAAUUGAUGAAUUAAUUCAAUUUUUCAUAAUUCUAGCAAAUUCUGGUUUAACACAAGAGAGUAGUCAAUUGUUUCUGGCAAAUGAACUUGUUGAAAAAACAACUCUUAGAAAAUUGAUAGUAAAAUUAGGUGAAAAAAUAAUUGGUCUACUUUUAUCUGAAAAAUUUCCAUUCUAUCGAAAUUUUCUUAAAAGUAAGAAGAGCUACAAAAGCUAUAAUUUUAUAUUAAAAGCAACAACAAAUGUUCGAUCGAGAAAAAAUGCCUACAAUCAAGCACAUACAACAGAAUGGUACACUGCCGAAGACAUUGCACAAAUAUCUUCUCAAUGGAUGAAAGAGUUUUCUGUUCCUGAUAAAGCCAAACAGUUAAGAAUUACACAGGCGUUAGGUCGACAAGAUAACAAGAGUUUAGCAACUAUUUUAAACCAAGUAUUGACUGAAUACAAACAAGAACAAAAUAGAACAUUUCUUAUUCCAUUAAAUAUUGCCGAUAAUCACUGGGUUACUGUAGCGCUUGUGCACAGUCAAGAUAAAAAUAUUCUACUUUACAAAGAUUCAUUGGGAGAAGAUAAUGGUAUUGAAGAAAGAGUAGAAGUAGAAAAAAUAUUCGAAGCAGCAGCAUUAACAAAUUUUGAAUUUAAAUUUAAUCGUUCUUGUGAACAAUCCGAUGGUUACAAUUGUGGAGUCUUUGCAUUAGCAAAUAUGAAAAUUAUGGCUGAACAAUUGACAUCGUUGACGAAUCGAGAAGAUUUUAUUGAAAAUUUUGAGCAUUAUAAAACUUUUGUUAGUCAAGAAAAAGUUGGUCACCUUCGCAAAGAAAUUUUUCCGAAAAUGUAUGCAUUGAGUUUAUGUGAACCGUUUAAGAGAAGGAAAAUUGUUGAUCAUCAUUCUCCUGAAUUAAGAUGUCUAGAAGAACUGCUUCAAACGAAUGAAAUCUUUGUGAAUAACGUUGAGCGUCCGACAACAACAACACAAGAAAAUUAUCGAUUACGAUUGUCAAUUGCGUUAUCUCAAGAAGAAAAUUUAUUGAAAAAUGAUUAUGAAUAUUUGUACGUCAUAGAAAUUAGUGGUGGAAAUGAGAAUGGCAAUGUUCUUGAUAUAGAUUUUACCAAAGCGAGUCAAUUAAAAACAAAACUUAUUCAAGUUUUAGGCAUAAAGGGAACUUAUUCAGAAGGAACAAAAUUCAUUAAAAUACCAGCCGGAAAAUUAACAGCAGUUACUCAGAAAGAAAAGAAAUUAGAUCCAAUUCAAAUCACAAUCGAGAAAUUAUCAUUUUGUGAUAAGGGAAUUGACGAGUUACUCGGCCAACUUAAUGUUGAUGUUACAGAAUUUAAUAAAGAAAUAUUACGAGAUAAUUUGGGCUUAUUGAAAGGAAAAUGUGUUCCUGCUGCUGCUAGUGACAAAAAUGAAAUUAUCGAUAGUAAAGAUUGUGAGCUAGUUUAUGAAUUGCAUCAAAAAUUGACAAAGAUUUUGACAUUUGCCGGUUGGAUUUUGGAAUCAAUUAUCCAAUUAUUAUCUCAUGCUAAUUCAAAAGUGAAACUGGAGCAUUUAUUAAAUUCGUUAGAUCCAAUUUAUGAAUACAAUUUAAGAGAAUACGAUCAGAAUAUGAAAGGAAAGAAUUUGUUUCAUAUUUUGACGACAAAUUCAUCGAAAAAUUGGUUCACAGAAAUUCACAAUGUGGCAAUUUUUCAAACAUUUAAAGGCAGUCAUGUCAAAGAUUUAAUCCAAUUGAAAGGAGAAAUAUUCUCAAAAGAAUUAAAUAAGUAUCACAAUCCUUCAUUUUGUCAAGAUGAAAAAUUAAUAACAGAUGAAUAUGACAAUGUAAACGAUUUUUAUGAGUCAAAAAAAUCUCAAAUUUGCCCUGAAUUUGAUGUAAUUCAGAAAUGGAAAACAGAUCAUAUAAGUCAAUGGGCUGAAAAAUUUAAAUUAAAUCGAAAUGGUGCUAGCCGAGUUGAAAUUAUUGCAAUAAUAAAGAGAGCAGUUGAAAUUACAAAUAAAUUUCCUGCAAGAGAAAUUCAAUCACUUUCCUUAUUGAUUUUGUUGAAUCCAAAAGACAAAUUGGGACGUCUUGCUCAAAUAAAUACUGGCGAAGGAAAGACAACAAUCGUUGCAAUGCUAGCGGUAUUCAAAGCUCUUGAAGGACAUCAAGUUGACGUUGUCACAAGUUCUCCAGAAUUAGCAAAACCACAAUCAGAAGAACAGCGAAAAUUUUUUCAACAAUUUGGUUUAACGUGUGCACACAACGGGCAAGAUCCAGAGGUUGACAUUAAACAACGAUAUCAAGCGGACAUCGUUUAUGGAGCAGCAAGUGCUUUUCAAGGAGAUAUUCUACGAGACGAGUACAGUAAAUUGGGCACACGUCAAGGACGAAAAUGUGAUGUUGCCAUUGUUGAUGAAGUCGAUUCUAUGUUGAUUGAUGGAAAAAAUCACAUUGUCAUGUUGUCAACGCCAAUGCCAGCAAUGGACCAUUUGGAGCCAUUGUUGGCAGCAAUUUGGAUACAAAUCGGAGAAAUUGCAAAAUCGAUUAAAGAAAUAAAUGGAAAAUGGUAUUUUAUUGAACAAGAGAAUGCACUAGAUGAGAGUGGAAAAAUUCGGUCCAACAUAGUCGAACAUGCCCGUUGUAUUACAAUAACAAAAGAAGAAUUUAUUAAAAAUUGUACUGAAAGCCAUAUUAGAAAAAUAAUUCGAGAUGAAAAAAAUUUAUUAGCAAGUGACAAAGAAAAUCUUGAAAAAUAUCCGGAAAUAAAAAUUCCAAAACAUUUAAGAGAAUUGAUCAUUCAAAUUCAAUUGAAAAGAUGGAUUGAUAGUGCAAUUCACGCAAAAUAUAAAUGCAAAAUAGAACAGGAUUAUAUCAUUAAAAAUGGAAAGAUUGCACCAGUUGAUGCAAGCAACACAGGAAUUGUUCAACAGAACAUGAAUUGGAAUGAUGGUCUUCAUCAAUUUUUGCAAAUUAAACACGGGGCAAAAAUAACUCCAGAAAGUUUUACAACAAAUUUUAUUUCAAAUGUCACAUAUUUCAAACGGUAUUCGCCGAAUAUUUUUGGUUUGACAGGAACACUUGGAAGUAGCAAUGCUCGGCAAUUGUUAAAUGAAACCUACGAGGUUGACAGCGUCAUUAUUCCACCAUUUAAACAAAAACAAUACAAAGAAUUGACACCGAUCAUUUGUGACGACGAAGAUGAUUGGUAUUUGAAUAUUGUUCAAAGUUCAAUGAAUAAACUCAACAAUGCCAGAGCUGUAUUGAUAAUUACAAAAUAUAUUCGACAAGUCGAAGAAAUAAACAAUCGAUUGAUCGAUGCAGGAUAUGAUAAAGAGAAAAUAAAACUGUACAAAACAGAAGAAGAUUCAGCAAAAGCAAUUAAACAAGAAUUGAAGCAUGGAGAAAUAAUUAUUGCAACAAACAUUGCUGGAAGAGGAACAGACAUUCGAGCUGGUGAUAAAAUUGAAAACAAUGGUGGGCUGCAUGUGUGUGUGACAUUUUUACCACCGAAUGAGCGAGUUGAACAGCAAAAUGUUGGUCGAACGUCAAGAACAGGCAAUAAAGGAACGGCACAAUUUAUUUUAUUGACAAAAAAAUCGGACGAUGAAUUUGCAACACUGAAGAAGGUGCGAGAUAAGGAAGAAGACAGUGGACUGCAAUCUGCAAAAACAAAAAUCGACAAGGUGAUAAUCAAAGAUGAAACAUUUGCACUAUUUUGUCAAUUGUUGAAUGAUAUUGAUGAUGGUAAUAGUCAGCUACCACAACAAGAUCAAAGAUCUGACUCAAAAAUUAAACUUCGAGCAGUUGAAGAACGAUUUGGUAUUUGGUUGAAGAUGGAAGACGCAACUGCUUCUACCACCGAUGGGGAACAAACAAACAAAGGAGACAUGAAAACAAAUUUUAAAAAAUUUAAAGAUCAAAUUUUGGAUAAUAAAAGAAAUAAUCUAUUAAUUCAAAAUCCAUAUUUUCAUGUUCUAAUUGGAAAUCAAUUGUUGGGAGUGAAACAGAGAGGAGAAAAUGAUAAAGCAAUUGAAGAAUUUACAAAAGCAAUAGAACUGGACCCACCAUUUCAAGCGAAUGCAUUUUAUAAUCGAGGAUAUGCAAGAAUUGCUGAAUAUGGCAACAAUAUUCAACAUGAACAUAUUGACAAAGCAAUUGAUGAUUUUAAAGAAGCAAAAAGAAUAAUUGAAGACAACUUCGAACCAAUGUUGAAUAUUAUUCAACAAGCGUCGACAGAUUCUGAAGCUUUGUCCGAACAAGUGGCACACAAAAUGACACUCUACGCAGUACAAAAGAAUACAAUUGAAAUGGCAAUUGGCCAAGAUAUAUCAUCGCAAAUUAAAGCCUUGGAGAAAGAAAAACAAGAACUAAAAGACGCAACAGAAAGAAGAAGAAAAGAGAUUGAUGAAAAAUUGAAAGAAUUACAGGAAGGUGAACGAAAAUCAGUUGAGAAACAGAUCAGUGCAUUAAAUAAUGAGAAAACGGAACAACAAGAUGUAAUGAUAGACAAGGAAAAACUAAUUGAUGACCAAAUAACAAAUUUAAAAGAAAACCAGCAAGCAAAAGAACUUGGAAUUAUUGGACUAGCAAAAAAUUCAAACCGAAGCAUUGAAAUUGAACAUGUCGAAAUUGAAAAAUCUUUGCCAGAAGAUGAAGAUGUUAAUUUGUACACAGAAGAAAUAAAGGAAUACAAAAAUAAUGGAUUCAGAGGAAGUUUUAAAAUCAAAGAAAUCAAACCAAUCGAUUGGCAGGCCGUAAUUUCCGUAGCAGCUCUUGGCAUUGCACAGUUGGUAGGUGGAGCAGCCAUUGCAGUAUUCUCACUUGGUGCUGGCACUUCUGUUGGAAUGGGAUUGAUGUUUGAAGGUGUGAGUGAUCUUAUAAAUGCAGUGAAGGAUGGAAUUAUUAAUAGAGAUUUCAGUUGGGUAUCCUAUGGAAUACAAAAAGCGAUUAGUUUGACUGUCUCUCUUGUGUGUGCUGGAAUGGGAGCAAUAAAGGAUGCAGCAAAAACAGCAGUCGCAGGAAUUAAACAAGUUGCGUCGGUCGCGACAAAAACAGUUGUGACAACAGUAACAAAAACAGGAUGGAAAAUAGCGGCGAAAGCAAUGGGCACUGCUAUUGCAAAAGGUGUAGCCAAAGAAUUGGUUACGCAACUUGUUGAUUAUGGAGUGAAUAAAGCGUUGAUGCCUAGCAUUGAAGCAGAGGUAAUGAAUUUAAUAGAAAAGCCAAUACAAGAUGCAUUGGUGAACAAUUCUCAUGUUGAAAAAAUGUUAAAAUUGGAUGGAAUAAAUCGAAAUAAUAAAUAUCAAAUGUUAAUUAAAAAUAAAGCAAUUGAACUGUUGAAUCCACAACAGCAAGGAGGAAACAAUGCUUUGGCAACAAUCGCAGCAGGUAUAGUCAAAGGGAUAGCUUCGAAUAAAAUGCCUGGUUUAUCAACAAUAAUGCAAAUAAAAGAAGCGGUCGAUGCUUUAGCUACUUUAAAAGACUUUGUGCCAGAGUUUUUAAGAAAAUUAAAUCAAGCAAUUAAAGAAAUAUUUGAAGCAGAAGAUAUUCAACAAGUAUUGAAAGAAUUUGAUAUGAAGCAGCAGGAGCACGUAACGAACAUAGAGAAAACAACUGUUAGUAAUCAGCAACAACAACAAGAAGAAAGGAUUAAUGAGAAUAAUUUUAUUACAACAACAAGUAACUAUGAUGGCCGAGAAGAAGACGACAUUGACAUAUACCAAAGUAGUGAACAAGAGCCCCAAGUGGAAUUAAAUAAAUCAAGUAAAUCUCCAGAUGGCUUACGCCAAACGUUAGCAGCAAGUGUAUCGACAAAUAUGUGUAAUAUAAUAAAAAGCAAAUUAAUUACACCUGUCACUCGUGCAGGCAUUGAUUUUGGAUUGAAGAAUCUAACGGCAGGAUUAGAUAAAAGUAUAAUGGAGGAAAUUGGCAUUUUUCAAGCAGAAAGAAGAGUUGAAUUUUCUCAAGAUGGAGACAAAGACCAUCGAAUACCAGAUGAACAUAAGCAAGGCAUGAAAGAUAAAGCAGCUGUAGCUAAAGCAAAUUCAAUUAUUAAUGGUGUUAAAACUGAUGAUGAAGCAGGUUUACCACAUUUGGGUGCACUUAGUGAAGCAGUAGAAAGACCGAUACGAAUUUUGGAUGAAAAUGGAGAUCUUAUACGCGUCAUUGGCGAAGAUAAAGGUGGCAUACCAAUUGAAGCUGAAUAUCAUAAACCAACAAAAGAAAAUCAGUCCGGACAUUGGACAUUACCUGGAGGACAAGACCCACUGGCGACUGGAAACAAUGAAGGAAAAAAUGAUUGCCUUUUUAAUGUAAUUGGAGCACAAGCAGACAAAGAUGCAAAAACAUUGAGAGGAAAUGUUGCAACAAUAAUGGAAAAUAAUAAAGAAAGUCUUGCCAAUCAAGCAUAUGAUAUUAAACUAUUAGAAAAAUAUAAACGUGAUGCAUUAACUUUGGGAGGAUGUCCAGUGCAUACAAAGGGAAGUGGGGAAAAAGCUAUAGACGAUUCAGCAUCAAAUAUAGGUUAUAAGGGUAAGAAAACGGGACAUGCAAAAGAGCAUACUGAUGCUAAUAAACCUUCUAGUGAUUUCACAAGAAAAGUAUUGACAGUGUUUAAAAAGACCGAUGACAUGGGUAUGUUUUUUGAUUCAUUUAUGGACACUCACGUUAAUCAAAACAGUCAAAAUGCGCCCAUAUACACAAGCACCAAUCAUCCGAUUCUCAGCGAAUUAACUAGCAACGUAGAGAAAUUAGUUGUAACCUGUCCCGCACCUACGUCUGCGUUAAUGGAUGUUUAUAAAUCGAAUAACCCAACUAAAUCGAUCACAGAUUCAACGAAUCGAGUUGCUGUUGAUGAACCGAUUAAAAGCGUUACGUUUGUUCUGUAUAGUCGGAAAGAUCAACGCGGCAAGUAUGCUCCAUCUGAUCCAGUACAUGUGCAUACAGCAUAUCCUAGCAGUAACCCUGUUAGUGACACCAAAGUGACAAUUUACAAAAUAGAUAAGACAACCACUACUAAAUGUUGGGAUAAAAAUGCGCAUGUUUUGAAAUAA